AUGGCUACAACGACGAGCCGAGCAGAAUCGGGCAAUGCCACGUCGACCUAUAUCGACAUUGACGCCCUCACCUCGGACGACUUCUCACCUUACACACAUGCAAAUACCCUCAUCCUUGCUACCAACAACUCGUCUGAUCCAACCAUCGAUCUCACGACACCUCUGUCCCGCGUCCUUUUCGACCUGCAAGAGAUCGAUUCACAUAUUCACACUCUGACCGCCCGCUCGGCCCUCGACAUCCUGACAUACACCGCCACCCAGAAUGCCGCUGCUCAACGAAUUCUCACUAGAAUAGAGGAUGAACGGGCACGUCUCAACGCUGGCUACGAACGGCUAGAGAAGGAAGUCCUAGUCCGGCAUCAGAAAGCGGUGGAUGCAAAAACCACGGCGCAACGGAGCUGGGACGUCCUGCGUUUGGGGAGGGGUGUGCAGCGCAUUCUCAACCUGGCAAGGCAAUUCGAAGUGAUCCUCGCGGAAUCCGGACUCGGAGGAGGUGCGAGAGCUGGCAAGGAGGACCACGGUGCACUCGUGCGUGCAUCCCUUUCAAUUCUUGGGUUUCGCGAUGUCAUCACUGGAAAGGACGGUGCUGACUUGGCUCGGGUUAACCUUGUGAAAACUCUGCGUGGGAGAGUCUUCGAAGAUGGUGAAGCGCGGAUCCUCGACUUUGCACGGCGCGUCGUCCGGGAAUUUUCCAUGAGCACGCUGUCCUCUGGCCCCGGGGUGGGAGUUUCGACAACCUCUAGCCCCACGUAUCGAGAAGUCGAGGACAGCCGUGCGCGGUCCACGAGCGCAGUACACAUUCUCUAUCUCCUCUCCCCGGCACCGAGGAUAGAUGGAGAGAAGAUGAAGAAGAAGGACUUUGAGCCCGAAUACCUACUUCGUGCGUUGCAGGGCUAUUUGCAGACGGCUAUCACGUCCAGUUCUGCAUCGAUCGGGAGAGCUCUGGGGCAAUUACCGAUGUUAGAGCGUGCUUUGCUUGAAACGAGUGCACGGUGUCAAAACAUUGUGGCUCUUGAAGCAAUGCUGCGCGGUAUCUCUGCUCCCGACCACCCACUACUUCAAGGUGACAACCUGGACGACAAGAAAGUCACCAACGAGGACGACGAGGACGACUCGGAUGAGGAUGAAGAAGAAGAAGUCAUGGAGACCGCCCAAACCACUACUCCUUCUGACAAUUUUCUCUCGUUGCUCCUCAGUGCCCUCGACACAGCCUCACUUCCCUCAUAUUUCUGGCGCUCACUGGCGUCCUCGCUAUCCGUCCGUGUCCAAGAGAUCCUGAACAGAGGAGGUGUUUCUGCACGCACGCUACGGAGUCAACGCGACACUGUGCGACAGGAGAUCCGCGAAUGUGUCCUCCGAGGCUCGAAGCUUUCGAGGACUGUGCUGGCGGGUGAUCCCAAAGCAAUGUCGACGGCAAAGGGCGAGCAAGUGGUUGAAAAUUGGGAACGGGAGGCGGCGGUGAUGGUUGGGAGCGUUGUGGGAUUGCUAGGGCGGUAG